UGAUAUUUUUAUUAAUCGAACAGUUGAAUAUAAAUCGAAUUUUAUUAUUAAUUCUCAAAUAGCUGGUGUACUUGUACAUUAUAUUGAUAUGAAUGAUUAUAUUGGUUUAUCAUGUAAUCGUGGUACGUAUCCAAUAGCUUCAGUUAUAUCUCGAAUAUUUUCACAAUCAAAAUCAUUUUUAGAAACAAAAACGUUGAAUAGUCAAUCUGAAACAGCAAUAAUCAGUUCAAUUAUGCUAAAUAAUUUAUGUUUAGGCGUUAAAACAAAUGAAUUAAUUAAGGAUAAGACUGAUUGUCGUUAUUAUUAUGUAUGUCAAU